AGCUCCGAAGAGUGGAAAACCUCAACGAAAAUGGAAACAUUGGGUGCACUGGAGCAGGAAUUGUCGAAGCUUCUUCUUACUUCCAAAAGGGAGGAUAUGGAGAAGAAUCAGAAGGAGAUGUCGGGAUUUCUGAAUCUGUUCACACGUUUUCUUCGGGCCAGGACUUACGUCGACUGGUCAAAGAUUCAGCCUUUGCCAGAGGGCGCCAUUAGGACAUACAAGCAUCUAGAGCAUCCGACUGACGAUGAGGUUAUUAAGUCAAUGCUGAAGAAGUUGAUUGUUGUAAAGCUAAACGGUGGUCUUGGCACUUCGAUGGGAUGCAAAGGUCCGAAGUCCGUGAUUCCUGUGCGGAAUGAGCUCACGUUCCUCGACCUCACGCUGCAGCAGAUUCAGACUUUGAAUAAGACCUAUGGCGUCGACGUCCCACUGGUGUUAAUGAAUUCAUUCAAUACCGAAGACGACACAAAUAAAGUUCUUAAGAAGUAUGCAAAUGUAAAGGUGUCGGUACACACCUUCUGUCAGUCGCAGUAUCCGCGUAUCAAUCGAGAAACGCUUAUGCCAAUUGCCAAAUCUUUUAACGAUACCGAUAUGGAAUGCUGGUAUCCACCUGGGCACGGAAAUUUUUAUGAAGCUCUUUAUAAUUCAGGACUCCUGGAAAAAUUCAUUGCUGAUGGUAAAGAGUAUUGCUUCCUCUCCAAUAUUGACAACAUGGGUGCGACGGUCGACUUUUCCAUUCUCAACUUCCUGCUGUCGCCACCAGAUAGAGAUGAACAGCCCGAGUUUUUGAUGGAGGUAACCAACAAAACUCGGGCAGAUGUGAAGGGUGGCACUUUGAUACAGUACGAGGACAAGCCUAUGCUUCUUGAGAUCGCUCAGGUCCCGAAGGAAUAUGUGGAUGAGUUCAAGUCGAUCAGCAAGUUUCGAAUUUUUAACACGAAUAAUUUGUGGGCUAAAUUGUCGGCUAUCAAGCGGGUGGUGGAGAACAAUGAGCUGGAAAUGGAAGUGAUCGUGAAUCCGAAACAUCUCGAGCGUGGGCUCGACAUCAUACAACUUGAAACGGCUGCAGGAGCUGCGGUGAAGAACUUCAAAGGAGCAUGUGGCAUCAACGUGCCCCGUUCGCGCUUCCUUCCUGUGAAGAAGUGCUCUGAUUUGCUGUUGCUGAUGUCGAACUUGUACGAUAUCGAUCACGGCAGUCUUACUCUAUCUGAGCAAAGAUCAUUCCCCACUACGCCACUUGUCAAACUGGGAUCCAGCUUCGACAAGGUAUCAGAUUUCUUGAAACGUUUCCAAGGUAUUCCUGAUCUCUUGGAACUGGAUCAUUUGACCGUCUCAGGAGAUGUUUGGUUCGGGAAGGACGUUUCGCUAAAGGGGACAGUUAUCAUCAUAGCGAACCACGGCGAUCGUAUCGACAUCCCGCCUGGAUCACUUCUGGAGAACAAGAUCGUCUCCGGGAACCUGCGUAUAUUAGAGCAUUAG